AUGCGGGGCCGAGUAAAUGCCGAGAUGGUCCCUGCGUUAUCUGCUGUCACCAUCACGACCACGAUCACUUCGAAUGCUGUGAAGAUGUCCGCCAAACCAGAGAGUCGAAAGACUCCACAGAUCGGCAGCGAUGAUCUGGUCCCUUUUGACCAUGCUGCCGCCGGACAUGAUGGUGUUCGGUGUACGCUCUCUGGCGCGCUGAUCGCAAAACCCUGCACCCGGCAAGAAGUGGACUUUUACGAAUCCAGCGCCCUCCACCCGGCUUUCCAAGAGUUCAUGCCCCUCUACAUUGGCUCCCUCUCGUCCGCGGAGCAGCAGCAACCGCUGGCGAUUGCUGCUGCCCGAGAGUCCGGCGCCCUUUUCCUCCCCGACCCCAGUGCUUCCGCCGGUGGUUCCCCGUCCGUCGAAACGUCCGCUGUUGGGCAGGAAUCUGCCGCCGACAAUGAAAAAGCCGCGUGGGUGCCCUCCGACGGCAAGAAGCUCGACACAGGACUAUCGAUCGUGUUAGAAAAUGUUGCUUGCGGGUUCCACCGGCCGAAUGUGCUGGAUGUGAAACUCGGAGCACGGUUGUGGGCGGAUGAUGCGCCGGCUGCGAAACGCAGCAAGCUUGACGCCGUGUCAAACGAAACAACCAGCUCAAGUGUCGGGUACCGCAUUGCCGGAAUGAAAGUGUGGACUGGGGAGGAUGGGGAGACCGAGGGAGAUCAGACAGAUCCUUAUGCUACAAAACAUGAGGGUGCAGAGGGCGAGAAGGGCGAGGUCAUCGAGAAAAAUGGCUACCGACGGUAUGACAAGUGGUACGGUCGUUCGUUUAACGAGGAAACCGUCAAGCAAGGGUUCGAGACAUUCCUUGCGGGCGCCAAAAUUGGCAAGAUUGAUCGAUCAAAUUUGAUCGCUCGGCGGCUAGUGGAUGAGCUCAAGAACAUGCAGCAGGUCAUUGAGGCCGAAGAGAGUCGAAUGUACUCAUCUAGCGUUCUUAUCGUCUACGAAGGUGACCCGGAAGCCAUGGAGCGUGCGCUCGAAGAGGAGAGCAAAGGUCCACCACCUCGUUCUCAAGAGGAAGAAGAAGACGAGGAUGAAGAUGACCAGGAGUUUGAAGUUCCUGAAGAAGCGUUAGAGCUUGUGAAUGUCCAACUGGGACAAGGAAUGCCCCAACAGGCCAUCAAUAUCAAUAUUGAUCCACAAACCAUGCAGAUGCCGGAUCUCGAAGAGGAAGAGGAAGACGAGACUCCCAAAGUACAUGAUCUACGCUUGAUUGAUUUUGCUCAUGCGAACUGGACACCUGGGCAGGGCCCGGAUGAGAAUGUCCUUUUAGGGGUGCGCAGUUUGAUCAAGGUCUUCGAAGAGUUGGCAGAGUGA